UGGUUCUGUUCAGGACAAGGAAUAAGAUUGGUUAAUGAGUAUGGAGAUUGUACUUCUUGUGAUUUCAAGCCUGAUGAUUUUAACCAAUCAUCGCUAUCUAUUAUUUUCAGAGGCAGCAUCUUUCAGUCUAGAAUACCCAUAUCCCUUUAUGACAGCAGAUGCUCAAAAGGCAGCUGCAAGAGAAUAUGAUUACAUUGUUGUAGGAGGAGGUACAGCUGGGUGUCCCUUGGCAGCAACUCUCUCACAGUAUUACUCUGUUUUGGUAUUGGAGAGAGGAGAUUCUCCUUAUGGAAACCCUGAUGUUGAGGAUUUCAGAGGGUUUUUCAAGGUUUUGGGGGAUCCCAAAGAUUAUCCAUAUGUAGCGGAGGGUUUUGUCUCAGAGGAUGGAGUCCAGUUGGCAAGGGCCAGAGUUCUGGGAGGUGGAACAGCUAUCAAUGCUGGCUUCUACAGCAGGGCGAGCUCUGAAUAUAUUCGGGAAAUGAAGUGGGAUGAGAAACUCGUGAAUGAAUCGUAUGAAUGGGUGGAGAAGUCAAUUGCUUUCAAACCAGAGAAGCUUUCUACUUGGAAUUCUGCUUUCAAGGACGGGCUUCUUGAAGCAGGAGUUCUUCCCUACAAUGGGUAUACAUUGGAUCAUUUGGAAGGCACCAAAACUAGUGCUGCAAUUUUUGACAAGGAUGGAAAGAGACAUUCGGCUGCAGAUCUUCUCCAGUAUGCAAAUCCAGAAAAUAUUGUAGUUCUUCUGAAUGCUACAGCCAGCAGAAUCCUCUUCAGUUUGGCAUCAGGAAAGCUUAAGGCUAGUGGAGUGGAGUUUACAAGUAGUAUUGAUGGUUUACAUUAUCAAGUACCGCUUAAUCCAUUGUCAGUUAGCGCUGAGGUAAUUUUGUCAGCAGGAAGCAUUGGUAGUCCUCAACUUCUCCUCUUAAGUGGAAUUGGCCCAAGACAACAACUUGAAGAGAUGGAUAUUACUACUCUUUUAGAUUCACCCUUUGUAGGGAAAGAAGUUCAAGAUAAUCCUCGUGCAACAGCCAUGGUAGAGUCUCCAAAGCCACUUGAAUUCUCUUAUUCACAAGUAGUGGGUAUAUUUGACAAUUCACAACUCGACAUUGAGUCUGAUAGCUUUUUCCAGCAGAUUAAUGAGACAUAUACACAAAAUGUGGGAUUAUUAGUAAGUAAAGUGGCAUUUCCUUUAUCAAGGGGUGAGCUUUGGCUUAAAAGUAAAGAUCCUCAAGAUAAUCCCCAUGUGCUUUACAAUUACUAUUCACACCCUUUUGAUUUAAAAAAAUGUAUGUUAUCUGUGGAAGUAAUGGUUAAUCUUAGUAUGACAUCUUCUAUUCAAGAGUUUGCAUUUACUGAUAAUGAAUAUUCCAAAGAACUUCAAUUCCUUGGGGCUGCAUUACCAAAGAAUCAAUUAAAUGUUGAUGCCUUGGCCAAGUUCUGCAAAGAUACACUAGGGACAUUUUACCAUUACCAUGGAGGUUGUCAAGUUGAUUUGGUGGUUGACAAAAGGUAUCAAGUGAAAGGUGUUCAUAAUCUAAGGGUUGUAGAUGGAUCAAUUUAUAAGGAUUCUCCUGGUACAAAUCCACAAGCAACUAUCAUGAUGCUUGGAAGGUAUAUGGGAAUUCAAAUACUUCAAGAGCAUAUGAACACUUUGAAAACAUUCCAAGAUCCCACUGAAAAAUAUUUGCACAUUUAGUGUGUUUUUUUUUCACGAUCAUAGAAUCAAGUAAUACUAUUUAUAAUAAUG